UCAAUCACUGGCAUGCAUAUGCAUUCUKUAAUGGAAGCGGUAAAUCACAUUAUAUUCUUAUAAUUUAAGUGAUUUAACAUUUUGACACUCCUUACUGCUAAUUUUAAAUUAACCUCAUAACGAAUUUGUCAUAUUUCAAGUUUUGYCUUUUACUACAUUAUUUAUGAUCUCAAAAUCUUAUCUCCGUUGCCUUUUCAGUAUACACAGAAGCUUCAAUUUUCUUAAAGCAACCGCGACCCGCACCGUAAGUCACCCGUGGACUGUAAAACGUUAUUGCGUGACCGGCCAACGAAACAUGGCGACACUGUCGGAAGUCGUCUCGACGUUGAAGAAGUUGGCGCCGUUGACCCUUGCAGAGUCUUGGGACAAUGUUGGUCUGUUGGUAGAACCGGACGUCCAGAAACCUGUAAGCCGCRUUUUCCUCACCAACGAUCUAACCGAGGACGUGCUGGAGGAAGCCGUGGGCGUUGGCGCCGAUCUCAUCGUUUCCUACCAUCCGCCGGUGUUCACUCCAUUCAAAAGAAUUACCUCGGACUCCUGGAAGAGUGUCAUUGAUGUAACAAAAUUGCAUUGCAAUAUUGCCAAUAUUGAGUCGACGAUCGGUUCAGCCGCGGUGGUGGCCGGUUCAGGUGCGUCCGUAUUGCGCGGUGUCGACGCCGGUUUAUACUUGACCGGCGAGAUGUCUCAUCACGACGUGCUGGACGCAGUGCACAACANACAAAUUUAUUAG